UCCUUCAGUCUUCUGCCAAAGCUGGUCCAGAGUGGACCUCUCCCAGGCUGCUCUUCCCCUAAAUAAAACAGUUUUAUUUUCACUUUUUUGGGGUGAAAUUUCACAUUUUAUUCUAUAGUGUUUUUAUCAGAUCCAUUCAGAAUAUUUCUGGCCAAAACAGACUUUCGUUUUAUUUUAGAAAUACAUUUUGUGUGGAACAUUUAGCAGAGCCAACAGGUGGUGGCUGGCAAACAGUUGUGUGUUUUUGUGUGUGGCGAAAUAAAAGAAAAGAAAAACGCCCCCACCCCGUAUACAAGUGGAAACAGACAUCACUCGCAUCUUGUUCUAAUGUUCGACUAGUUAUUCGAUUGCCACGUGGUGUGAAAGUACUAGACAACUACUCAAGGAAGACCCGAGUGCAGCAGACAUAGAUGUGUCGUCCAUGUGUGCCUGUGUAAUCUUAGCCGCAGUGUGACUGCACAAAAGACACUUCCACCAUCAUCCGUACACACAUUUUACCCCAACAAACUCUCAGACUUGUACUUGUCGACAUCCGCCGUGUUUAUUUUCAAUUUCCCUGGAACAAAAGAGGCCAAAGAAAGAAAGAACUCGUCGAAUGUUCAGUCGACUGUUGGACUGUUCUGGCCUUUCCGCUUAUAUUCCUUGUGUGUGUGUGUGUGUGUUCUUGAGAAAAACAUUGUUGGAGUGAGUGACACAUAAAAGAUUUUUUCGGCACAAGCCCCAGAGAGAGAAAGAGAAAAGACGAAAGGAAGAAGGUAUCUGUUUUCUUUCCCAAUAUUCCCACUUGAUAUAUAUAUCCCUCUUAUCUCUCUUGUGUGUGUCCUUGCCAAGGGAAGUGGAGGCUCAAAAACACACACUUGAUAAAAUAUAUAAAUCCAAACAAAUUAAAUCAACAUGUUGUUGAACAAUAACGGGCCCAGUGACACAGUUGUCCAACCGUCAGGAGGCAAUGUCGUCUUCCGUCGACAGAAACAACAGCAGCAGCCAGAAAGUGAACAACGUCACAACAACAACAGCAGCAGCAGCAGCAGUAAGACGAAGAAAGGAAUGAAGAGCGGAGGGGCCGGAGGUGGCACUUCAUCUGUCCGUAAUUCCUGGUCUUUUACGACCGAAUUGCCUAUGCAACACCAUGUUGUGCCUAUGGUGCCGGCCGUUAAGGAGAACAUCUACGUCGACCCGGAGACGUUGAUGAAUGCCAAUGGCGAUCUAAAGGCCGUCUCGCGCUCCAGACUCCGACAAAGGAGCGUGUCCAACUUGAACUCUGCAGCUCUGGCCGGCACACGAGAGCGUCGGGAUCACAGUUCGUCCAAUCGCCACCCGAACGGCACCAUGGCCAAAGGUGUUGACUACAUCCGCAUCCAUCACCCCAAUCCCAUUCGGGCUGCCUUGGCCGUCAAUCAUCAGCCAACUGAUUUGACCACCAUUCUCCCGAUUUCCAAUGGAAAUACAACAACAAAUGUGGUUGACUUGCAGAUCCAGGAUCGAUCCGAGUACGGAAAUCCGGACGGCUCUUCUGCCCAUUCGACGGCCGAACGGGAGAGCGGAAUGGCUGGAAGCACUAAAACUGUGGACCAAACGGGGUUGAUCCAUCCGGUUAUGGACUUGUACCAGGCCAUCAAUCAGAACCAAUCCAACGAUUACAAACUCAUCCAGAGCUACGCGAUCCAGCCGGAAAUGCUCGAUGGCAGCAGCAACGGCAACGGCAGAGGAGACUCGCAACAACAACAACAACAGCCUCAUCCGGGGCAAACAGCCAACCCACCCAUGGUCCGGCACGGUUCCGGACGUGGAUCAGCAACAAACGCACGUGGUUUCCCUUCGUCAUCUUCAUCAUCGUCGGCAGGUUCAACUGGCAAAACGUCGGCGGAAGUAGUUCAUGCGAGCCGGAAACCCGCAGCUGCUGGUACUCCGAUGCCCAACGCCAGUACUCCGGGACCCAAUGCCGUCAAAACCGACUGGACCUUCCUUCCGUCGCCCACAGCGGCCACCGAACCCCAGCACCGUGAAAUCAACUCCAAACCAGAGGAGUCUUCCAUGGUGCGCAAAGGAUUGCUGUGGGUCAUGCGAGAUCGUCUCUUCUCCCGUUAUCACGAACGAUUUUGUAUCCUGACCCGCAACUACUUGCACUGCUUCAAGAAAGGCUCCGAAGCCAGUUUGACUCAAAUGGGCAACUUCUUGUUCAAGGUGAACUUGGCCGAGGUGAUUGCCGUCCAAUGGCUGGACAAGAGGGGAACAGCUAUUGUAUGCUUAACGCUGGCCAAAGAGGGCCGCCUUUUGGUCAAGACCUCGAUGGAUCUCAACGGAUGGUUCGACGACUUGCAGUGUUGCGUCAAAGAAACCAUCGGGCGACGCCAGACAUUGUUAAUGGACCAACGGGGAAGAUCUGAAACUUUCACGUCAUUGGCCAUGUCCAUUCCUCAGCAACCACCGCCACAACAACAGAAACAACAACAGCAACAACAACAACGACCUGCUCCGGCCCAGUCCGUCUGUCGCGAUCGGAGUCUGGCAGCGAGGGAGAACGGCAGGACAAACAAUCGAUUCUCUCUGAUGGUCGACCACGAAGUUAAAUUGACAGCGACCAGCGGCAGUGCUUCAGAUAAUUCAGACAAUGGGCUGAAUAACGUUGGAGUAUUAACAGCCGAACCCCAGAGUUUAGGAAACUAUAGCGCCGUUCCGGCUCAGGUGGCGUCUUGUACUCCGCCACCGCCAGUACCGGGUCCACCCGUUCCAGUCCCCUAUCGAGAACGAUCGGUGAGCUUCGACCGGUCCCGGGUCUCCAAAGCAGAGAGGGAAGCCAAACGGAGGUCCUACUACCCCAGCAAUCACGUCACUCAAGUGUGAAAGGAAAUCUGACAACAAAAACCAAAACAAAUCAAUAAUAUUGAGUCUUAAGAUGAAAACUUACGAUUCGAAACGAUCCAGCUUGUGGAAGCCGCGUCAUGUUUAUAUAUCUAUCCGCUUAUCCGAUUUUAAAGUCGUCAACAGAAAACAAAAAACAAAAAAAAUAUGAAUAAUCAUCAUUAUCAUCCAAUCUGAAUAUGUUGUGUCUAGUCAUAUAGGAGCCUCUUUUAAAAGAAAAAAAAAGCGAUGUGCGGCCCUUCUACGUCUUUUCGGAAAAACAAAACUAAUAAUUCUCUUCAUUUAAAAAAAAACAAAACACUCGCCCCUUUUUUUUAACCUUAUAUAAAAACAGUUUGGUCAAGUCAUUCCGUUUGUGACGAGAUGUGAAUCGUUAAAUAAUAAUAAUACACUCUGUAUCAUUUUGA